AUGUCCACUAGUGCAAUACAAACUCUCAGAACACUAAUUAAUAGUCUUGGUUUCAUUGAAGAGGAAAAAGUAAGUACUUCAAAGGAAAAUACCGGAUAUGUACACGUUUUCGUCGAUAACUCAAAUCUAUACGUUGAGGCGAAAUAUUCUGUUGGCCAACUUGAAAAGAUUUAUGACCGAGUUAAAAAAAUUAACGAAGCUACUAAAGUUGAAGAAUAUCAUCAAGUUUACUAUAUGAAACAUCUUCGGAUAGACUACGGAUGCCUCCUUACUACUAUUCUGAGUGGACGUAGUAUGGGUAGCAGUCCAGUUAUUGUGGGUUCUCGCCCACCACCAGACGAUACGCUGUGGAACAAAAUCAAAGGCCUUGAACAUGAAGUAACCGUGUACGAUCGAAACAAUGAAAACAAAGAGAAGCGGGUUGAUAUGAAACUUGGAAUCUCUAUGGUGAUCCAAACUCUCCUUAAGGCCAAAGGUCCUGGCGUAUUGGUGCUGAUAGCUGGUGACGGGGAUUAUGAACCCGCAUUAGAGGAAAUAUUGAAAGCGGGGUGGAAAGUUGAGAUACGAUUCUGGGCUUCUG